GGCCGGCGCACGCGCGGUGCGGCGGCGGGCAAGAUGGCGGCGAGCAGGGCGGGUGUUUUGGCUGGACGGCGGCGGGCGAGGGCAGAGGCGGGCUGGAGUCGAGCAUGUGGGGGCCGCGGUGAGGCGAGGGUAGCCCACCGAAGGGGGACAUCUCGAAGAGAAGCAGCAAGACCUGGGGAUCCGGUGGUUCAUUUUGGUCGUCGCCUGUGAGGCCAGCAUGCAAGAGUAAGAGGAAGCUAGGAGCAGUCUCAAAAAGAGGUGGAACCAAGGACAGCAAAUGCUGACGAGGAGAAGAGACGGACGAGCGUUUGCUUGCGGUUAAUACCGAAGGGACGGGAUGAAACAAGGAAGCCAGAGUGCAGCGGCCCCUCGAUAUCACCAGGAACUGCUACAGGAGGAGGCGUUCUGGCACGGGUAACUAGGGUAAGUAUGGCUAAUGACCGUUAGCAGUUAUUUUGGCCUCCCCGAGGCAGCGCUGAGGACUGAGUAACCCGUUCCUGCCCUGUGGCUGCUGUUGCCUGUAUCUGCCUUAGCUUUGCUUUGGCUGUUUCUAUUUUGUGUUGUUACUGCUCGCGCGUACGUGGAAAGGGAAAGACAGAACGAAUGCUCUCUUAGAUUAAUGGCCACGGCUGAGGUUGAAGAGAGUAAAAAACGUGAGCAAGCUGAAGUAAUAGAAUCCAAGGGAGCCAAGUGAAAGCUGUCUUCCUCUGCCAGAAAAAGGGAAAGCCCGUUCCUCCUGGCAAGGAAGGAGCGCCAUUAAUAGCGAUCCGAAUAAUAGAUCGCCAUCGUAUAACGGAAGGUCUGUAUGCAUUACGAGAAGUGCUCUGCGUACAUGUGUCUCCAUGUGUGUGACUUUACGUGCCUGUGAAGCGUCAUACUUCACGAGCUGCGAGACAGCAAAUUAUUAUCUUGGGGGAGUGGUGGUCAAGUGACCAGAGCUACUGAAGAGGAAGGGAGCGAGAGAAGGGUCUGAAGUGUAAAACUGAGAGAUCGAUUUCAGGAAGGCUCAAUCAGCGCAAGCCCCGGGUUAGUUACCUGGCAAUGGUAUUUGGGGAGACGGGAUGACAGUAGAUAGGUUGAAGCCUCAUGGAAUUAAGGCUCCUUCUCACCGGUUCCCGCUUAGAGCAAUUGUAGGAGGAUUUAGUUUCCUCCAGCAGCAUUAAGGUGGCUUUGCCGGUGUCAGCAGACCGCGGUGGAAAGUACUGGGAGGGAGUCGGGAAGGGAGCUGGGACGAGGAACGUGACUCUGCUUUCACUGAACUGGAAGAAGUGGCUAUAAAACCUCCUGCCCUCAAAUUCCCAGGACAAGGAAAGCCUUUUUCAGUAAUGCUUUCCACAUCUGCUGACUGCGUGGGAGCAGCACCGCUAGAAAACGGCAGUAAAGGAAAGCGGGUGCCGGUCGCCUCACCUGUACGUCCCCUUUGGGGCUGGAACAAAAAGUCUCUGGCUGUGAGAAAGACUGUUCAGCAGCGAUGUGGGCUGUAACCGUCUUUGAGACUUUUAGCUUUGAUCGCGCAGGGGCCAUCCAAUCUAUUCAGUUCCCUCUAAAGUAAUCACAUCAGGGAAAUAAAGAGACAGCGGAGUAUCAUCUAUCCGAGUGGCGCAGUGGGCGCUGAUCUUAACGAGCAGGGGCAGGGGGGCAGUUGCUGUGCAAGUGUUACAAGCAGUGGCUCUUCUUGUGCGCGUCUGAAUUGACUGAGGGGCAGAGCACGGUUGCGCCAAAAACGCGGACGCAGGAGGUUUCCGAGAGGUUGAUCUCUAGCGGCUACUUAGUCUGACUUCCCUUUCGCGGCAAGCCUGACUGUCUUCAUAGCUCUCAGAACAGGGGUUAGGGGAAGCGGUACUUGUGGCUUGCGUAUUCUUGUUUACCUUGCUUGAGUGUGUAUAUUGGAUCCGCUUUUGUGCUUAUAAACAACUUUGGAUUCUUAUGAUUUUCUGCAGAGCUUUGAUCUUUUUCUUUUUUUCUUUUUCUUCUUGGUUUGUUUUUUUUUUUUUUUGCUUUCCUCCCUCCCUGAUGGAUUUUACUAUGCCUCCGUCAACGAGCCCUGGCUGGCAAAGUUGCUGUGUCCCAGCGGAGACUCUUAGGCGAGAUGGAGGAGUUCAGAUCCGCAGCCUGCCAGAAGAACGUCGCCCAGGAGGGGUUGCUAGCCUCGAGCUAUAGGCGCUGGCGUUCAGGACCUCGGGGAACGACUGUGUGCUGCCGUGAAGAACUACAGGCUACCACCGCUCUCGGACCUUUGUAAGUUAUCACGCAUCGAGAGCUUCCAGGAGAAUUCAAAUGCCAGCAGAAAGGUUCUCCGCCCGGUCCCGACGAGGAGGCUUCGGCCCCAGGAAGGUCGGCAGCGUCCUUACCGGACUCGCGGGAUGCUGUUCUGAGGGCCAGCAACUCGAAGGGAUGCAGCUCGGCCCUUUUUGUUGACUUUGGUGAUGCUGUUUUGAGGAAGCAUGUAAGUACAGAAGGGGUCUGGGAGGGUUUUCAAACAAGACGGGAAAGAGCAAGGAAGAUUUGAGAGCGUGGAAAAACUAGGUGCCGCGGGUACUGAAGUUGUUACGGGCUGAGGGCGUUUGGUGUUGAGCAUCUGAGAGGGGCUAAUGCACGAGGAAUGGUAAAAUGCUGUGACUGAACGCGAGGUUCCUCCCCGGCCUGGGCCCGUGUGUGCACCCUCGCUCCCACAGACACCCCGGAGCCGUAGGGAUACGGGUGAGCAGGCCCACGAGCGGACUUUGGGCACAGCGGUGCGCAGAGAGCGCUGCGGGCUCAGCCGGUGGGGUGGAGUCGGAGCAUGGCGAGCCAGGCUGUCGGGAUCCAUCCGGUUCCGCUCCCUGCCCCUCUGUCCAGCGCUCCAUCCUUCUCUUUCUUUCCCCGUGGCUCUGUCCAGUGCCCCAUCCCUUUGUUUAGCUACUCGUUCCUCUGCCCAGCUCCCCCAUCCCUCUUGUACUCUUUCCAUCUCUGUGACAAUAUCUGCGUCCAUCUAACUGGCUCUCUAUCGCUCUAUCCAGCUCUUCAUCGUCCUCUUCCUCUUCCUAUCCCAGUACCUGCUCGCUGUCCUUCCGUGCGGCUCCCCAUCUGUCUGCCGCUCUCAUCUGCCUUUCUGCCUGUACUUCUCUUUGCCUUCCCAGCCCUCUGUCCACCCCUCCAGCCAUCUCUCUCUAUUUCCAUCCCUCUGCUCAGUUCCUCAUCCAUCUAUUUGCCUCCCUAUCCCUCUUUUCCCCUGUUUUGUCCCAUCUCUCUGUCUGAAUUGCCCUCCCUCUUUUUCUCUCUCCACCUUUCUGGCCAGCUCUUCGUCGUUCUCGUCCUCUUCCCAUCGCUCCUACUGGCUCCCUGUCCCUCUCUUCCCGUCCCCGUUCCUCUCUCCGGUUCUCCCCCCUUCUCUGUUGCUCCCUCGCCAUUCCUCUGGCCGCCUCGCCUUCCCCAUUUUUCUCUCUUCUGCUCCCCGGUCCUCUGUGCAGCCCUCCCUCCAUCUGUGUGGCCCUCUGUCCCUCUCUUUCUCUUCCUUUGUCCAGUGCCCAGACCCUGGGGCCGGCUCUCUGUCCCUCUCUUUCUUUCUCCCUCCAUCCAUCUGCCAAGCUCUCUGCCCCUCUUUUCUUUUGUUCUCCCCCCUGUCCCCGCGUCCAGGUGGAGGUCUGUCGUUCCUUUGCGUUUUGUCUGGUGCGGCGGGUGGCGAGAGGUGGUCGGCGCUCGGCAGAGAUGGUGAUCGGCAGCGCCCGGAGGGUGCCGUCGGUCGGUCUGGUUCGGGUCACGUCGGACACCUCCGCGGGGACUCUGCCCGCGGAGGCGCGGGGCUGUGGCUGUGCAGCGGGGGAGCACUAGCGGGCUAGAGAUGCCGUGGGGUACGCGGCAGGCAGCGAAGAGGCUCCUGGGGAAGGUGUCACGGAGGCAGAGAGCAGCAGAGGCUCCGAGACCUUGGGCGUUAGGACAGGCGCUCGCGGUAGGGCGGUCUGGAGCUGCUGCUGCUGCUGUCUGUCCUACUCGUCAGCGCGGUCUGCAGUUACUGCCUCUUGUCUGCCUGCGCGCAGCCAGGGCUGUCACGUGGUGCAGCUUGAGUUGUGAUUGCGAUGCUGGCAUUGAGCCCACUUUUCUGUCAGGUCUGCCUUUAAUGCAAAGUGGUGUCUUCCCUAUGUCUACAGCUCAACCCAUGUUGUUGAUUUAGUGCUUCCUGAGGGGAUAUGCUGUGCUGUCAACACGCACACCCACCCCACCCCUGCCAUCGCUUCCUGAUGAAUGCAAUCAUUUACAUAGCUUCUGGCUUGUUUCUUUCCUUGGAACUCCUUUCUCUUUGCUGUUCUGGUCCCUCCAAACAAUUUCUGUUUCUAGCAUUAUUAGUGUUGGGCCCUAAACCUUCUAGACCUUCCUUCUUUGAAGUCCAGAGGUUCCAGUAUUGUUUGUACUUUGAGAGUAAAGGUCCUUCACAACUCAUGUCUUAAGUAUGCAACUGUCUUACCUGGGAUUUUCGUUUUCGCAAGUUACUGUUUCUUUCAGGAGCCAGCUACAACAGUAACUUUGCUAUAGCAGAGAAAUGGGGUUACAUGUGUAUGAGCAACAGCACCGUAGUACACAGCAAAGCCAUAAUCUACAGUACUGGUAGCACAAGUCAGUUUCCCAUCAGCUCCAUCUCUCCAGGGUUUGGAGGUUUUGGAGGCCUUACUUUUUAUCCUGCCUUGGCUGGACGGUGCUUUCUGAGAGUGUCCAUCAGAGGCAGAGUUUCCCUGCGGAGGACCAUCUAGCAAAGGCUGGAGGCGGCCGGGUGCCUGAGCGAGCCUGCCUGUCCGUGAGAGCUGCUGUGACAUCUUUGUGAUGAAAUGGAGCCAGAGAGGGUGACUGAAGCAGCAGGGAGGGUGCCGAAGCCCAGUCGGGCAGUCGAAGGAGCCUUGUCACAGCUGGGAGCUCUGCGGAGAUGCGCGGCUGGCCAUGGAGAGUGAGCUCUGACUUGCAGCGUGGACACAGCUAAGUCCUGGGCUGCAUCGUAUGUGAGCAGUGCUGGGAGGUGCGAGGUGAUUGUUCCCUAGGUGGUCACUGGUGUCACUGGCUGUGGAUGUUUGCCCAUGGAGCUGAGAGGACCAAAAAUAUUAAUUGUCUGACCCGGAGAUGAAUUAGUGCUUGCAGUGCUUCAGGUAGGUUCAGUGCAAGUGCAGCCUAGUGCAGUCCUGUGGAGUGAUUCUUGCACAUGCUCACAUUUGAAUGGUGGCUAAAACCAAGCCUCUAAACAGCAGCUGUAACGUGAUUCUGGUGCAUGUCUUCCCGUUCUGCUGUGCUUCUAGAGGAAGGGAAAACUUCUUAAGCUGUGGGCAAAACUCCUUGCCUUCUCUUUACUGUUUUCAUGUGUAUGGGUGCUUUGGUGUUUGUUGCUUAAAGCUGAGGGUUUGGAAUUUUUCACUUAAGGUUUAUUGUUUAGUUUGUUGUUGAGGGUCUCUCACUCCGGAGUUACAGUUUAUUCCUUUCUUUUGUGGGGCUCAGUCUUUAUCAGUCAGGGUUUACAGUUUGCUCGUUUAGUGAUCAGGGCGCAGAAUUUAAAAUCCAACCUUAGCCAUAAAUUUUAAAGUCUCGGCAACUAUUAGGGUUCCAAGACCUGCAGUUAGUGUUCAGGGCUUAUGACUUACUGAUAAAGGAAAAGGGCUAAAUCCUUAGAUAAACUGUAAGCCCUGAAGCCUAAGCAGCAGGCUGCAAACCCUUCUUUGGGCUUUGUAACCUUCCCCUGUACCCAGCGUUCAGCUCUGCACACCGACCUGCGCUCUGGAUUUGAUAUGGCGCAGGCCCAUCACACGGAGACUGGCAAUGUGACAGGUGAGCUGAGAGCUGUGGAAGUGUCUUGCAGGGCUCUAGCCUGGGGUAGGGCAGAAGUGCAGACAGGCAAGAUCAGGCAUUUUCCUCUCAUCUCUGAGAUGAAUCCUAUCCCUGAAGGAAAAAGCAGAGGAGUAGGCUGUCAGCUACUCGGACACCUGCCACAUCAAGGGCAGCAGCAGGAGAUGACCCUUCCCUGAUGGAUGGAUGGACGCUGGUGUAGUGAUGACUCUUCAGGCAUCACAGGUAAGGGGAAGCAUGCUGACACUGAGCUCCAUGGCAGACUUGCUUCCAGCUAUUGUUUCUGCGCAGUAAAACAAUAAACAGUUGCUUUAUUCUUUGCA